AUGGGGGAUUUCGGGGAAGAUUCUGACGACAGUGACGGAGAAGGGGGUAUGGGAAACGUGAAUCGGCUGAUUAUGCGACCCCCCGGACACAGUGGAAAAGCGAAGCGUGGACAUUUGUGUUUCGAUGCUUCCUUCGAAACAGGGAACUUAGGCAGAGUUGAUCUGGUAAAUGAGUACGAGUAUGAUUUGUUUAUAAGGCCCGAUACUUGUUCCCCGAAGUUACGUUUCUGGUUUAAUUUCACGGUGGAUAACGUUAAACAGGACCAAAGGGUUAUUUUUAAUAUAGUCAAUAUCAGCAAAGAGAGAAAUUUAUUUAUGGAAAGUUUGACGCCUUUGGUGAAGUCUUCGAGUAGACCGAAAUGGCAAAGAAUACCUAAAAAGUACGUUUUUUACCACAAAUCUGUUGUGCAUCAGGGCCAUUACAUCCUAAGCUUCUCAUUUGGAUUCGACAAGGAAGACGAUGUUUUUCAGUUUUGCUUAGCUCCUCCUUAUAGCUAUACAAGAUUACAGACGUUUCUGAAUGUUCUGGAGAAAAAGGCUACUUACUUAAGUGACAAUUUCAAAAGAGAAUUACUAGAGAACAGUGUGCAAAAAAGGAGGCUAGACUUGAUAACUAUAGGAUCCUUGGACAGAUCACAACAACCAAAAACGAAAAGAAGGGUAGUUGCUAUAAUGGCUAGAGUUCAUCCAGGAGAAUCCCCAGCUAGUUUUGUAUGUCAAGGGCUCUUGGAACUGUUAAUAAGUUCAAAUUCCAUAGCGACGCUGCUACGAGAAAACGUCAUAUUUAAAAUAAUUCCUAUGCUGAAUCCCGACGGAGUUUUCCUAGGGAAUUACAGAAGCACUGUGAUGGGCACUGACUUGAACCGUUCUUGGCAUAUAGCGAAUCCAUGGUGCCACCCAACCAUUAAAGCUGUGAUAGAUAUGUUGUUAGUACUAGAUAAAAACAAGGAGUUCCAGUUAGAUUUCGUGAUAGACAUCCACGCCCACUCAAGUUUAAAAGGAUGUUUCGUGUAUGGAAAUACUUAUGAAGAUGUUUAUAGAUACGAAAGACAUAUUUUAUUUCCGAAACUGUUGGCCACAACGUCGGAUGACUACGUUGCAGAAAACACAAUGUUUAAUUCAGACAACAAUAAAAUAGGAACGGCUAGAAGAUACCUCUGCUCGUUGUUGAGCGACAAAGUCAAUUGUUACACCUUUGAAGUGUCUAUUUUUGGAUACAAAAUUAAAGGCUCCGAAGUUACUGUUCCGUACAAUGAAGAAAGUUAUAUGAGAUGUGGACGAAACUUAAUAAGAACGUUUCUGGAAUAUUACCACAACACUGGUGCUAUACCAAUGCAGAUAGCAUCAGAAAUUUCAAACAAGAAGCACCACCGCUCGAGAGCGAAUCAAGUGAGGAGAAGAAAUAAAAAUCGCUGCAAGCCAAGACCCCUUACAAGCAGGACACAAGCCCAGUUGCAUUUUACAAAUUUAAAUAUUAACUACGACAGUGAAACUUCUCUUGAGGAUUUUUCUUAUAGUUACAGAAAUUCGAGCCCUCAAAGAACUUUAGAGAGGUUUAGUGAACAUUUGCAUUCAAGGAGGAACAUUGGAGGUGCAAGAAGUGGGAGAGACUAUAGCCAGAAAUUUACUAAAAGUGGAUCUCCUCCUCCAACAACAUACGUUGUUUUGCCGGAGCCUAGUUUGUCUAUUAUCGAUUUCAAUAUUAUUUCUAGAGAUGACAUUGAAAGGGUCACCAAAUUAAAUAAAGUCAAAAUUAAAAAAAUUUUCUCAGAACUGCAACUUGGAGUGCACCGCUCUGAUUGGUUGGAACAGUUGCUAGUUGCUAGCCUGGAUCUAGAGUUCGCGAAAGGCGCCAACGCGGUGCUAGUACUUUAA